UCGUGCGCGCGUUUUUUCUCAGUUUACGCGCGCGCUGCAUGAAGUGUAGUAGUAACUCGGUUGUUGAUUAUCGGCGUUAAGAGGAGUUUUGUGUUCAGACCCGGAGUUUAGUGAUCAGUCAGAGGGUCAGGAUGUUUAGUCCCCGCGGAGCCGCAGCAUCGGGACGCCGGCACACGGCGAGGGGCGGCGGCAGGAAGAGUGUCAACACGCCGGGGGCCGGACUGCUGUUCUCCCCGCGCAGAGGGUCCGCUCUCACUCCCAACCGAGCGACUCCCACACGUGUACAGAGCUGUGCCACGGUGGACUCGGACCAUUUCGACGUGCAGACGUUCGGGUCGACUCUGCCCGUCAAAGUGAUGGAGGCUCUGACCGAGGCACAAGUGGAUGACCAGAUCUCGGUGAGGGUGAGGGUGGAGGAGUCUGGCUGGGCGUGGAUGGUGUGUGGAGAGAGGCUGAUCAUUUGGAAGAUCUGUCAGACCGCAGUGGCGAAGCUGUCUGUGUGUAAGGACCUCCAGUUGUCCCCCAGUGAGUACGCCUACAGCGCUGAUCUCAUCUCUAUCAGCUCGUCCUCUUCACUGGAGUCAGCGUCAGUACAGUCGGUGUGUGUGCUGGCGGUGUCUCCAGAUGGUUUGGCCCGGUUCUGGCCCAGUCUGGCCCACGAGGGGACGUACACAGAGACGCAGGCUGACCUGGGAGGACACCUGUGUAACUACGUGACAGCAGUCAGGGGAUCCAGCUUCAUCGUGUCCUCAGACCGUGGACAGUUACUGCGGGUGGGAGCGGAUGCGUCCGGGAGGCUCUAUCAGCGGCCAGUGCAGCAGGGACAGGGCGUGCUGUCUGGGAUCGGACGCCGCGUCUCCAGUCUUUUCGGUCUCCGCAGCCCUCCAGCCGACACGACCGUCCAUAGUGUGUUGUGGACGCCGCACUCAGGGUGUCUCUACACACUCACCUCGUGUGGGCUGAACAAAUGGGAGGUCGGGGACACCAUGGAGGUCCAGGUCCUGAGCUGGAACGCCUGCCCCGUCCUCUCCGACAGCAUCGCCGAUGCCAUCUGGGGUUCGGAGAGUAACUACGCUGAGAUGAGGGAGGGAGUAAACGUUGCGUAUCUGGACAUGAAACUCAGUCAUGCUGGCCUGGUGGUGUUGGCUGCAGCGUGGCAUCCUGACGAUACUCCGUGUUUGGCGUAUUUCUGCCUGGCCACGCUCCCGGACACCGCACUACCCGCAUCAGACGAACUCUCUGUAGAGGUCACCAGGUACAACCCACCGUUUCAGAGCGAGGAGGAGCUCCAUAAGAUGCGAUUGGUGUUGCCUCAGAUGAAGAGUCCUGCAGCGUAUCUCUAUAACGAGGAGCUGGUGUACACGUGCACCACCGGCACCGUCCGCAGCGGCCUUCCAGAAGAGAAACUCGCCUUCAAUGCCUCGGGUGACCGUAUCCGAGGUGGCGGCGUUUGCGCCAACUUGCCCGUUUUUUUCUCCCAGAUGAACGGCCUGGUCGCCGUGGUACCCAGAGAGAGCGCCUCCAUCCUGCCAGAGACCAUGGAGGACUCCCUCUGCACCUCGCUGGCCGGACCUGGACCUGAGGGGACUCUACUGGAGACGCUGCCUAAAAUGGACGCGGUGGCACAAGAGGACAAAACCAAGCUGCUGAAACAAGCCUUUCUGGAGUUCUGCCGCAAUCGUGUAAUGGAAGCCCAGAAGAUGACGGACGAGCUCUUCCCCGAUGAUGGAGAGGGCGGGGCAGGAGCAGAGCUAGACGUGCUGGUGACUCAGAUCGACUUGGACCUGGUGGACGAUUACCCUGCGUCGGAUCCCCGCUGGGCCGAGUCCGUGCCUGACGAGAACGCCGGCUUCUCUCUGACUUCGCUGAUCCUGCUGCACCAGCUGGAGGACAAAAUGAAGGCUCACCACUGCUUCAUGGACUUCCUGCUGCAGACCGGGCUCCUGGACCGGCUCUCCUCGACGACGGUGCGCUCGUCUCCCAUGGCGACCCGGCUGUUGCUAUGCGAGCAUGCGGAGAAGCUGUCGGCGGCCAUCGCGCUGAAGAACCACCACAGCAAACAGCCAGAGCUGGUGAACGCCGCCAUUGCCGCCACGCUGAGGAGGAACGGCGCCAGGGUGCCCUCCAGCCUCACGCCCGCGGAUGUCUUCUUUAGAGAGGUGUCUCAGAUCUCGUCGAUCUUCGAGCCCCUGCUGGACGAGGAGGAGAGGUGUCUGAAGGAGAACGCCGUGACCUCUGUGAAGUGGGCCGAGGUCGUCCUCAAUGUCAACCUCAUCGUCAAGGACAUGCUCCAAGCAGCAGUGCAGUACAGAGAGAGUAAAGCGUCACUCUACAGAGCAGCAGAAGGCGCAGCUGCGGAGCCUGAGUACAUCCCCUGGACAGCGUCGGGUGGAGUGGGCGGAGUCCGUACCGUCAUCUCCCGACAGCACGACGUGAUCCUGCGCAGCGUGUAUCCUCACGCCGACUCGGGGCUCCGUAACGCUCUGAGUGAACAGCUCGUGGCGCUCCUGGACUCGCUGCUCGGCGGCUACGUGGCCCAGCUCAACUCCCUGCGUCGCCCCGGGCGACAGGACCGCUACGACGCCCUGGAGAUGGAGUACACGCAGCGCCGCUCCGAACUGCUCUCGCCGCUACUGGAGCUGGGUCAGUAUCAGUGGGUGGCAGCUCUGGCUGAAAAGUACUGCGAUUUCGACAUCCUGGUGCAGAUGUGCGAGCAGACGGACAAUCAGACCCGCCUGCAGAACUACAUGACCAAAUUCGCUGACCAGAACUUUGCGGACUUCCUGUUCCGCUGGUACAUGGAGAAGGGGAAGCGAGGGAAGCUGCUGUCUCAGCCCAUCGCGCAGCAUCAGCAGCUCGCCAGCUUCCUGCAGGCCCACGAACACCUGAGCUGGCUGCACCACAUCCACGUCCAGGACUUCCAGAGUGCCCACCACACCCUGUACAGUCAGGCCAACACAGAGACGCGCUACUUCAGCAAGAAGAAAACACUCCUAGCGCUCAGCAAACUCACAGCUCUGGCCUCGAACAUGCCCGAACCCCUGCAGCGCAAACACGUAGACGACAUUGUGGAGCAGGAGCGCUUUCUCCUCCAUCAGGAGACUCUUCCGAAACAGCUGCUGGAGGACAAGCAGCUGAACCCAGACACCAUGCCUCUACUGAGUGCACAUAACCUCAUUGAUCUGUAUAUAUGUGAUGCAAACCGCAGUGCUAAUGAGUACGACUUCAAGAAAGCCCUCGACCUGCUGGAGUACAUAGACAAGGAAGACGCAGUGGACAAUAAGGACCUGAAGUGUGCGAUUUUCAGCAAAGCUUUGAAGAAAGACUGGAACGAAAACUGGUCAGCGUCAGACAGCACAGACGAUCCUCUGGAGGCGGCUCGAGACAGCAUCUUCGUUAAAAUUCUCCAGAAACUCAUUCAAGAAGGUGUCCCUCUGAAGGACUAUCUCCCCGAUGUGAAGGAGCUGCUGCAGGUGGACGAGCUGGACGCUCUGAAAUCCAAACCCUUCUUCGAGUUCUUACUGAGAGCAAACUACGAGCACUUCGUCCAGUCGCAGAUGUGACCUGCCGCUCCUCUUCUCCACUUUCUGUCCUCCACUCUCCACUUUUUUUUUGUUCUCGUUGUUUAUUUUUUCGAAUAAAUAAUGUAUUUGUCUAUCA